UUCUUGCAGGUUUACUGGCAUGUUAACUCAGUAUGCACGCUGUGCUGUUUACACUGCUUCUGUUUACUUCCGUUUUCUACACCCGGAAGUGUGAAAAGAGUCGCUUCUGGGCUGUUUGCGGUUUAUUUUCUAACCCCAGCAGCUUGAACAGACCUGUGGACGGCGUGGCAGCUCUUCUGUGCUUUUUAAAGGAUCAAAAUGGACCUUCAGGAAUACUUCAGAAGGAUCAGGUUCAGCGGGGUGUACGAGAAACCAGAUCUGUCCACACUCCAUACUGUCCAUGAGCUGCAUGUGAUGAACGUUCCAUUCGAGAACCUCAGCAUCCACUGUGGAGAACGGAACACCAUGGACCUGCAGAUCAUUUAUGAGAAGAUUGUGAAAAAUCAUCGUGGAGGAUGGUGCUCUGAAAACAACCUGCUCUUCUCCUGGGUGUUAAGAGAGAUGGGCUACAAAUACACCACUCUGGGCUCUAAAGUCUUCAAUACACUUAAAAAUGACUUCAACCCCUUGGAUUCACAUCUUAUUAACCUGGUGGAGAUCGAAGGCAAACCAUAUAUCACUGAUGUGAGUUUUGGAGUGUCGUGCCAAAUCUGGUAUCCAUUAGAAAUGAUCUCAGGAAAAGAUCAACAGCAGCCAGGUGGAGUUUUCCGACUUCAAAAUGACGGUGAGAAGUGGAUCCUGGAAAAGACUGGAAGGAAGCAGUUGGUCCAGAAUAAAGCCUUCACCAAUUCCAGCCUCGUCGACAAGCGCAUGACGAAGACAAUCUACUCUUUUGUGUUAACACCACGUGGUGUUGACCAUUUUCUUAAUACAAGUGAGUACCUGCAGACCAGCCCUGAAUCUCUGUUCACCCAGAAAUCCAUUUGUUCCCUCCAGACCCCUACUGGAUUCAGAGCUCUGAUUGGUUGGACCUACAGUGAAGUCACAUUUAACCCUGAGGAAGAUGCAGACAUCAUUGAGAUGAAAGAUGUAGCUGACAUUGAGAUAGAGACCAUACUCAAGGAAAAGUUUAAUAUAGUGUUAGUUAAUAAACUGACACCAAUAAACAAUAAAGCUGCAUAUAAACUAUAAGGCAUUAAAUCACAUUUAUCUAAGCCCCUUCCAACCCCAAAUGGGCAUUAUGAUUAUAAUUAUGAUUAAGAUUUUCCAAACUUUGAUUGUUUUUAGAAUUUGUACAGUACUGUGAACAAGUUUCAGGUUUAAAAAUAGUGUUUCUAUUUCUCAGUUAAUAAAAUGGAAAGUAAAUGAACAAAAUUUAAAUCCAAAACCCUCUGCCUGCAAAACACCAUCAAUUCAGUACACUUGCACACAGUUUUUAAUGAAUCCCAGACAGACUUAAUGACGUUGAAAUCAGGGUCCUAAACCUAAAUUUGGGGGCAACCAGGUGCUUCCCUGAUGGUAUUGAAUGAUGGUAUUGACAAAAUCUCGAAAAUCUAUUUAAAAAAAUACAGCCACAGAUUUGCAGGAAACCUCCACCAUGCUUUACUGUUGCCUUUAGACGUUCAUUCUUGUUCAAUUUCAGAUGUUUACUCACCUGUCCAGA